AUGCAACUGCGGUUGCCUGAAAAAUCAGAAAGUGGAGGUUCAAUAGAUUUUGGAAGAGUUGGGAACAUAAGAGAACGUUCGAAGAAUUUUCAGAAUAUAGAUUUUCAAAAAAAUAAUGGUUCUCGAUUACUGCUGGAUUCAGUUCGAUUCCCCUUAUCAAAUUCUAGCUUGUGCGAUGGAGCUCGAAAUGAAAUUCGCGAACGGUGUCUUUCUUUUGAUACAACUUUUGUUUACUUUGGUUUUGUAGACGUUCAUUGCCAAGUAAAUCGAUUCUUAAGGAUUCGAAACAGAAGCAACAAAAACUUGAAUUUGCUCAUACAGCUUAAAAGCAAUAAUAAAGAUUCGGUUUUUCGGCUCGUUGAUACGGAAAUUAUGAUGUUAAGACCUGAAGACAGUCACAGUAUUAAAAUCUUAUUUGAACCGAAGCUUGCAGCGUGUUUUCGUGAUACGUUAUGCAUCCGUGUUAUGAAUGCUAACCACGUGAACUAUUCAUUAUCGAAUGAUCACGUGAAUUAUUCAGUGAUUUUGAAGGUGCCUAUGAUGGGUAGUGGUGGUAUUGCCAAUUUGCAAAUAUGCCAGCGUGCUGGAAUAAAUAUGUUGAGGGAUGGUUCAUUUGUUUUUUCUACCCAAGGCUAUUCUAGUUUCACUUUUGAUAUUAAAAACAAAGGUGUAAGAGAUGCGUUUGUUCGAAUUGUUGUUUUUGACAAGAAAACAAAGAAACCUUUUCAAAAUGUCGAAAUCUUGCCUUCUGAUUGUAUUACAAUUCUCCGUUGCAAAACUCAAAGGUGCCUUUUAAAAUUCGAUUCUGAAGCUGCUGUUGGUCAUUCCGAAAGUGCUCUAUCUUUGAUUUCCGUUUCAUCAUCUGCACCAUCUUAUUACGUUCAUUUGUUAUGGGGUGAGGAGGCUCAACGACGUCGCUUAAAACGAUAUGAGGCUAAUAAGAAAAUCGAUUUGUUUUUUAAUGGCUAUACUUUUACGAAACCGAAAUUUCUAAAUGAAGAGCAGUCUAAAAUAACGGCUUCAGAAAGCAUAGAAGUUGGCCAUUACGACAAUGAUUCAUUCGAACUGGGAUUGCGAAUAAUAUCCAUAUCACUUGUUGACAAUCGUCUCAACAAUUUUUCCAGUCGACAAUAUGAAGAGCAAAGUGAGAAUCGGCAAACUGAAAGAAGUAUUAUAUUGGAUCCUGAUGCGACGUUGAGACCUGGAUGCAAUAAUAUUGUUGUUGAAGAUAAUUUAUAA